GGGAUGAAUGAAUCCACGUAGGAGUGUCCCAUGGCCCUCCUCAAACAGAAAAGCCCUUGUGAACACUCACACUGGGGGUUCUUACUUGACCACGUGACGUGCAUCCAGGGAUAGCCCAAACUUGGAGACCGCCGCGUAAUGGACACGUUUUCUAGCACGCUACACCGCAGAAAAGCGUAAAUGGAGAUAAAUGAAUUAAUAAAAGUCUUUCUUCAGUCCCGUGAGAACUGGAAAUAACGUUAUGACCAUUCAACUUAUGAGUUCCAGCAAAAAUGUCUAAGUUGGAAAUUUAACAAUGAGUGAUCUCCUUUUGUUCGCGGAAAUGACAGGGUAUGAAGUCCGUAUUGACAAAUAUUAACGUUUAGUGUAAUUAGGCGUUUCACUCACUUUAAUAAGUGAAGUACUUUGGAGUCUUCACAGGCUACGCACAGGAACAAUGUGUACCAGAAGCGAUCAUUCGGGAUGCUCCAGAUGAACCCGUUCCGUCUCCAAUGCUGCAACUCAUGGGCCCAGGCAACACAAGAGAGCCUGUCACUGGUGAUUGUGGAUUUAUCUCAUAUAGAACAACUACAGUUAAACACUGCCUAUCUCCCAGAAGAUGAAUUGUAGUCCCAGGUUCUGACAUGAGAUGAACCCAAAACAGUUGGCAACAGCAACUAAAUAGAAGUCUGUGGAGGCAUUUCCUAAAUCAAAGUUAAUUUGAGAAUGAGGAACAAGUAUGCAGUCAUCAUUAUCAGCAUUGUGGCACUUGUCAUCAUUGAGAAAGAAAACAACAUUAUUUCAAGGGUCUCGAAUAAGCUGACACUUAGACAGAGCCCACAGACGGAGCCUCCAGUGCCCUACAAUGCUUCCAGUGCUCUGGUAGUAAUGGACGACAAUGGUUCCUAUCCAGAGGAUAUGUUUGCUGAAAGCAGCAUUCAGGAAGGCCGAAAGCACAUCCUCUUGAUGGCUACCACUCGUACAGGAUCUUCCUUCGUGGGCGAGUUCUUCAACCAACAAGGUGGCAACAUGUUUUACCUCUUUGAGCCUCUCUGGCAUGUGGAGAGGAUGCUGUCGAUUGGCUCGAAUGGCACAAAUGCCAGCAUUUCUGUUUUGGUGUACAGGGAUGUCCUGCAGCAUCUCUUUUUGUGUAAUUUCUCCAUGUUGGAGCACUUCAUCAGCCCUCCUCCGCAGGACCACGUCACCCCUGCCCUGUUCCGCAGAGAGUCCAGCAAGGCCCUGUGUGAGGAGCAAGUCUGCUCUCCAGUUGUAAAAGAUGUUUUUGAGAGGUACCACUGCAAGACGAGACGCUGCGGGCCGCUCAAUCUGACCUUGGCAACUGAGGUGUGCCUACGAAAACAGCACAGGGUGAUCAAAACAGUGAGGGUUCGACAAUUAGACACACUUCGUUCUCUAGUAGAGGACCCUCGGUUGGAUACCAGACUCAUUCAGCUGGUUAGAGACCCUCGAGCCAUCCUGGCAUCAAGGAUGGUGGCCUUUGCCAGUAAGUACCAGAACUGGAAAAGUUGGGCUGUGAAUGGAGAUGUUCCUAUAGAGGACGAAGAGGUCAAGCGUCUCGAAAGAAACUGUAACAAUAUCCGCAUCUCUGCUGAGUUGGGCUUGAGUCAGCCGAAAUGGCUGAAAAACCGUUAUAUGCUUGUGCGUUAUGAGGAUAUCGCCAGGUGCCCCAUGCAGAAAGCAGCAGAAAUGUACAAUUUCACAGGGAUUCCGAUGACGUCACAAGCACGGGAUUGGAUUCUCAAAAACACGCAUGCAUCAACCGAGGCAAGUGGCGUGUAUUCCACCCAAAAAAACUCUUCAGAACAGGUGGAGAAAUGGCGGCUUAGUAUACCGUUCAAACUGGCCCAAGUCGUACAGAAAGUUUGUGGACCGACCAUGAAACUUUUUGGGUAUAGGUUUGUAGACAGUGAACAGACACUGUUGAACAGAUCUUUUAAUUUGCUGGAAGAAAAACUAUUUAUUAAGGGAUAGAUUGUAUUUUUGAUGCAUAAUUUGUUACAGGAAAACUAAGCAUGAGAUUUGACAAGGUUUUAUUUAAAUAUGUGGACUUACAAUUUUCAUAGCAGAGACACACUGGCACAUUGGGAUGUUGCUUAUACUGAGGUACUUGUGGCAUGCAUCACCUGAUUUAUAUGAACAUAAAGCCUAACUACAGUUUAUUAGAUUAGAUUAGAUUAGAUUCAACUUUAUUGUCACUGCAAAUGUAUGGUAAAAGGCAACGAAAUGCAGUUAGCAUCUAACCAGAAGUGCAAUAAGCACAGAAUAUACAAGGUCUUAAAUAUGUACAAUAACUAUACAUAUAAGUAUUAUGGACAUCAUUUACAGAUUUACAGCAGGUUAAUGUCAGUGCACCAUGUGACCAGGUGCUGUACAUCUUCCCUGUAGGCAGUCUCAUCAUUGUCACUGAUGAGCCCAAUCACCGUGGUGUCAUCUGCUAACUUAAUGAUGGAGUUGGAUCCAUGCACAGGUUUGCAUUCGUUGGUGUAGAGGGAGUAGAGGAAUGGGCUCAGCACACAGCCCUGUGGUACGCCGGUGUUGAGUGUGAUGGUGGUGGAGCAGGUGUGUUUUAAUCAGAGCAACUGAGAAAAACCUGCAACACACAGCCAAAGACUUGUAAGAUAACCGGAUGAAAGGAGGAAAACCAUUUCAAUGCAGUGUGUUAAGAAGAACACUAGACAAGUAUGGCCUUCAUGUUGAGACAUCUUGUAGCAUACCACUCUUGAUCAAGAAGAACAAAAGGCGAACUUGAACUUGAUAAAAUUCAUUUGUAUAGACCUGUGGAGCUCUGCAAGAAUGUUUAAUGGAGUGAUGUGACCAAACAGGAACUUUUUAGACCCAUGGACCAAUGGAUUAGUAUGUCUGCUGCAAAAAAAGGCAAAGCUCAUAAGCAGAAGAACACCAUCUCCAUCGUCAAAUUUGGAUGUGGAUCAGUCCUGUUAUGGGGUUGCUUUACUGUAGCAGGAAGUGGAAGCCAUGACUGUAUGAAGGAAAUCAUGGAUGUCUAUGGAGGAAUCAGAUGUAGUUCCCCGAGUUGAUUUGAUUGCUAUUGGGCCCUUUGUCUUUGCAGUUUGCAGUUCCCUGUGUGUAACUGAGUAUAACUAAUACCAUUUUGGAGGGUUGAUCUCUGUCUACAGGUCAUCUUUAUUCCCUUAAAUGACCAGUCUUCUCUGACUGGUGUGCAGCAUGGAACGAGGACCCGACCUCUAGUGAGGUGUCCCACAUGCUAUCUUUUUUACAAGAGCUGCUGGAUAAGGGGCGCACCCCUUCCACGCUCAAAGGGUAUGUUGUAGCCAUCACUGCAUCAUUCUCUCUUGGCUUAGCCAAGGCUAUAGCAUCUUGGCUUGCUGGCUUGCAGUGCCCCUUAGAUGUGAGGGCCCACUCCACCAGAGGAAUGGCCUCUCCCUGGGAUUGGUCCAGUGGGAUUUAUUUUGGUGAUAUUUGUGCAGCCACUGGCUACUUGUUGCCGUCUACUUUCACCAGGAUUUAAAACUUGGAUAUCCCUGCACUGCAGGCAUGGAUUUUGUCUGCUUAAUUCUACCUAGUUCACCAAGACCAUUUGAAAGGGAACACUCCGAUUACUAACGUAACCUUGUUUCUUUGAGAUAAGGGAACAAGCGUUGCGUGGCUGCCGUGCUAUAAGACUGCUUGCAAACUGAUGACAGUUACUUCAGUCUAAAGAUUCUGCCAAAAUGAUGCUCAGAGCCGACUUAAACAGAGGUCGACUCCUUCUCUUUUGGCAGUGAAAGCAAAAUUAGUUUCAUGCAGCUGCAUGACAGUAACUAGUUUCCCUUAUCUCAGGAAUCUGAGGUUACAUUAGAAACCGGAGUGUUUUCUCUGCACACAUAAUUUUACAAUCUUAACUCAACACAGAUUUACUAAGAACCAGUGAUGUUCUCCUUGUACAAAUAACACUACUAUCGUAUUUUAACUAAAUAUCCACAUUAUCCUCAAACUGUUUCCUGACACUUCCUGGCCACAGAGACCUAGUGUAUGCCAAAGCUUACAGUAGUAUCUUCAUACUUUGUUUCAUUCGUUUUUUCAUUCAUGCUUUAUGUUUCAUACUUCAAGCAAGCAGCAAAUGAUACAAGAUACAAAUACAUUGUUCUUUACAGAAAUAGCUGCUUCUCAGAACAAUAAGCCACAAAAACAAAUUUAUGUUUCUCUUUAAAUGUACUGCUGCUAUCUGUUUGCAACAAUAAAUAAUAUAAGAUCUGCUGCAUUCACUGGCACCGUCAGAUAAAUGUGCAUCUAAAAUCUAACAUUUGUUAAACAAAGAGCGAGAGAGAGUGUCUGUCUACACACUGAUAUUUUAUGACAUAGUCAUUGUGAAAGCUGAUUUCCACAAGAACAAAGAAUCAGUUCUCUAAAUGUAAGUUUUUUUUUGUGAUGCAAGUAGGCUGAACAUAAAAUAUUAUACCUGCAUGCUUUCUGUUUCUAGUUCAUGCUGAGGACAUAUGCAAAUGGCUCUGGUUUAAUUGGCACAGGACUUUCCUUUCCACAAAUCAAUAUCAAAGACAUCUCUAAUGUAUACUGUAUAUAUGCCAAUAAAGACAUGAAGGCCUUUGAAAACAAA